UAGAACCAAUUUUUCAACCUCCUCUCAUAGGCUUUUAGCUUAGACAGGGUUUCAAACAAAAAGAGAGGAAGAAAAAUGCUUUCGUCUUCUUCUUCCACUAUUCCACUCCUUGUUUGCAUUUUUAUUUCUUUAUGCAGCACAGAAGCCCUGGUAAAGCUACCGGCCAAUGAAAAAGUUCCAGCAGUGAUAGUUUUCGGAGAUUCGAUCGUGGACCCUGGCAAUAACAACAAUCUUGUUACUGUGGCUAAGAGCAAUUUUCCACCCUAUGGGAGGGACUUCAUUGGCGGAAUUCCAACCGGAAGAUUUAGCAAUGGCAAAAUUCCUUCCGACUUCAUUGCCGAAGAAUUGGGAAUCAAAAAGUUACUGCCGGCAUACUUAGACCCAACUCUUCAACCUAGUGAUCUCCUCACUGGAGUAAGCUUCGCUUCAGGCGCUUCAGGAUAUGACCCUCUAACACCUAAGAUUCCGUCAGUUUUUUCACUGUCGGAUCAACUAGAAAUGUUCAAAGAGUACAUAGGAAAGCUGAAAGGCAUGGUUGGAGAAGAAAGAACAAACACCAUUCUAAGCAAAAGCCUAUUUUUCGUGGUACAAGGCAGUAAUGACAUUACCUCUACAUAUUUCGACAUACGGAGAGGGCAGUAUGAUUUUGCUUCUUAUGCAGAUCUUCUGGUAAUCUGGGCUUCUUCUUUCUUUAAGGAAUUGUAUGGUUUGGGGGCACGAAGAAUAGGUGUUUUCAGUGCGCCUCCGUUAGGGUGCCUGCCAUCACAGAGAAGCUUAGCAGGAGGGAUACAAAGAGAGUGUGUAGAGAAGUACAACGAAGCAUCCCAGUUAUUCAACACUAAGCUCUCAUCUGGAUUGGAUUCUCUCAACACCAACUUUCCCCUUGCAAAGUUUGUGUAUGUUGAUAUCUACAACCCCUUGCUUGAUAUCAUCCAAAACCCUCAAAAAUCAGGAUUUGAAGUAGUGAAUAAAGGAUGCUGUGGCACGGGGUUAAUAGAGGUUUCAGUGCUAUGUAACCGAUUGAAUCCGUUUACUUGUAAUGAUGCGACCAAGUAUGUAUUUUGGGACAGCUAUCAUCCUACAGAACGAGCGUACAAGACUAUAAUUGGUGAGAUCUUCCAGGGAUAUGUGGAUAGCUUCUUCUGACCAGAUUCAUUCCUCUUUCAACAACCCAUAUACCAACUGCCUUAAUUUAUUAUUUGUACGGGUGAAAUUGAAUGUUAUCCUUUGUUUUUGUGAUAAUCUUGUGUAUCAAUUCCUUACUACAA